AUCUACCAGGAUUCCGAUUCGCAUUCCCUCUUGAUCUCACGAAACACCUUUGGGGUUACCUCGAUUGGAUCGCCCACUGGAUGCCCACGGCCUUGGGCUUGCUCUCUCACUACUCCCCAUCACAAUGGCUUCCAAUGGUGUUUUCGCGCCCAACAUGCGCAAAGUUUCGACAGGCGAAUUGAUGCAACCGCACAGAAAGACUAAUGGAGUCGGUGUCCAGGCUGAAGACACGCGCAUAUGCGUCGUCAUGGUGGGUUUGCCCGCCCGCGGGAAGAGUCUCAUCGCACAAAAAGUUGUCCGUUACUUGCACUGGCUGUCGAUCACCGCAAAGGUCUUCAACGUGGGCCAAUAUCGCCGCAAUGCAACCCCCAAUCCCUCCGCCGAGUUUUUCGAUACCUCGAAUCCAGAAGGAGAGCGCCUUCGGAAAGCUGCCGCCGAGGCCGCAGUCAACGACAUGUGCCAGUGGUUCGCCGAGGGGCGGGGCCUCAUUGCCAUACUGGAUGCGACCAAUUCGACAAAAACCCGUCGUCGUUGGAUUCAGGAGCGCUGCUCAGCAGAAAACAUCGAAACGCUAUUUGUUGAAUCCAAAUGCGACGAUGAGGACCUGAUCAUGAGCAAUAUCCUGGAAGUGAAGACGACGUCACCAGAUUACGUGGGGCAGGAUCCCGAGGUUGCAGCAGCCGACUUCCGAAACCGCAUACGGAAUUACGAAAAAGUGUACCAGACUGUCGACGAGGACGAGCAAGAUCUCACAUACGUCAAGUUGAUCGAUGUGGGCAAGCAGGUCAUCAUCAACCGUAUUCAAGAUUACCUCCAAAGUCGCGUUGUCUACUAUUUGAUGAAUCUCCACAUCAAGCCAAGAUCCAUUUGGCUGUCCAGGCACGGAGAAUCGCAAUUCAACUUGUCGGGACAAAUCGGAGGAGACGCCAAUUUGUCGGAGCGUGGCGAAGCUUACGCCCAUGCACUUCCAGGGCUCGUUGCGAAAUCCGUUGGCGACGGCCGCAAGCUCACAGUAUGGACAUCUACCUUGAAACGAACAAUCCAGACCGCCCGUUUCCUAUCGUUCGAGAAGCUUGAGUGGAAAGCGUUGGAUGAACUCGACUCGGGCGUUUGCGAUGGCUUAACUUAUGGCGAGAUCGAGGAGAAAUACCCCGAGGAUUUCGCGCAGCGUGAUGAAGACAAGUACAACUACCGAUACCUUGGUGGCGAGUCUUACCGGGACGUGGUAAUUCGACUUGAGCCCAUCAUCAUGGAACUGGAGAGGAGUGAGAACAUCCUCAUUGUCACUCACCAGGCUAUUUUGCGAUGCAUCUACGCCUAUUUCAAGAACGUUCCCCAGGAUCAGAGUCCGUGGAUGGAGGUGCCCCUCCACACUCUUAUCAAGCUCACGCCAAAGGCCUACGGGACAGAUGAGGAGAGGCUGAAGGCAGACAUUCCGGCUGUCAGCACCUGGAGGGGCAAAGGCAGCAGUGCUAAGCAUCAAGAGGUGGCGGAAAGCACCUAGUCCGAGCACCAACGCUGGGCUGGAUUUCCAACGACAAUGAACAAUCUUGCGCGGAAUGGAGCACUGCAUGACAUGUGCCUUGCUAGUGCUCCUGCAUUGCCUUUUAUCCCUAUACCCUCCUGGUGCAAUGAGUAUGGAUCAUUUGCACAUUGUAUCU